UUAAUUUUGUUCUUCUGUCGAUCUCAAAGUUAAUACAGCAUGAUGAAUCCUGCGAUGAGUCAUGGUAUUGGAAUGUCAUCUACAAGCGGCUCCAGCAGCUCCACCGCUCAACAAGAGUACCUCCUUGUAGGGAGCAUCAUGGACACUGCCUGUGAAGCCUUGCUGCUCCGUCUCAAGGCUCUUUGUGACAACGUGGAGACGCCAGAGACGUUCAGGGAUCAUGAGAUGGUGUUUGUACUACGUGGUCAAAAUCAACAGACUGCUGUGUUGAGGGCCAGGAGGUCAAUAAACCCACCUAGCUCAUCAUGGCAAUUAAGAUACAUCGGUCAGAAUGAUGUUAGUGAUAAGAGCAGGAUGGUCACUGUUCGUAGUUAUCAAGAUUGCGCUACCUCUAAAAACUUGCCCGGCUUUCUCGACGAGAUUGGUUUCAAAUUGGAUUAUGAGUUUGUGGCAGAAGGUCAUAUGUUCAGGAAGGGCCGACUCAAGAUAACGGUAUCAAAGUUAUUCAAGAUUUCUCAGCCUGGAUUAGCAGAGAGCUCCCUUGAACACAUGACCUCCUCUCGUCUUGUAGAACUCAGUGUGGUGGCGCCUUCAGGGUCCGAAAACGUGCCAGAGGACAUGCGACUGUUUGCCGAACAGCUCAAACCUUUGGUUAUUGUAGAUAAACUACAUAUAUGACCUCAAAUCCGACUUUACUAAAGAAGAUGGGGAUACAGUGUCCAUUAUUCCCCUGGAUUGAGAGCGGUAACUGCAUUGAUAAACAUCAUGUUUGACAUCAACUCGGACUCCACGUUGAAAGAUGGGGAUGCAUUGUUUGAUAAAUUUCUAAAACAGUGCCCAUCGAUUCUCUCGGGUUGAGAGCGGCAACCAGAGUGAAAAACUACAUCAACUUGCACUUUAAGUUUGAUGAUGUGUAUGGAUUGUUCUACACAAUGCCCAUUUUAUUCUCCUGUAUUGAGAGCGGCAACUCCAUGUAUAAUUUCUAAAACAGUGCCUAUCAAUUCUCUCGGGUUGAGAGCGGCAACCAGAGUGAAAAACUACAUCAACUUGCACUUUAAGUUUGAUGAUGUGUAUGGAUUGUUCUACACAAUGCCCAUUUUAUUCUCCUGUAUUGAGAGCGGCAACUCCAUGUAUAAUUUCUAAAACAGUGCCUAUCAAUUCUCUCGGGUUGAGAGCGGCAACCAGAGUGAAAAACUACAUCAACUUGCACUUUAAGUUUGAUGAUGUGUAUGGAUUGUUCUACACAAUGCCCAUUUUAUUCUCCUGUAUUGAGAGCGGCAACUCCAUGUAUAAUUUCUAAAACAGUGCCUAUCAAUUCUCUCGGGUUGAGAGCGGCAACCAGAGUGAAAAACUACAUCAACUUGCACUUUAAGUUUGAUGAUGUGGAUGGAUUGUUCUACACAAUGCCCAUUUUAUUCUCCUGUAUUGAGAGCGGCAACUCCAUGUAUUACUUCAGCUCAGACUUCAUUUACAAUAAUGAGAUGCAUUGUUUAUCAUCCAAUAUAUCUCCUAUUUAUUCUCCUGGAUUGAGAGCGGCAACUGCAGUGGUAAACUCCAUGUAUUACUUCAGCUCAGACUUCAUUUACAAUAAUGAGAUGCAUUGUUUAUCAUCCAAUAUAUCUCCUAUUUAUUCUCCUGGAUUGAGAGCGGCAACUGCAGUGGUAAACUCCAUGUAUUACUUCAGCUCAGACUUCAUUUACAAUAAUGAGAUGCAUUGUUUAUCAUCCAAUAUAUCUCCUAUUUAUUCUCCUGGAUUGAGAGCGGCAACUGCAGUGGUAAACUCCAUGUAUUACUUCAGCUCAGACUUCAUUUACAAUAAUGAGAUGCAUUGUUUAUCAUCCAAUAUAUCUCCUAUUUAUUCUCCUGGAUUGAGAGCGGCAACUGCAGUGGUAAACUCCAUGUAUUACUUCAGCUCAGACUUCAUUUACAAUAAUGAGAUGCAUUGUUUAUCAUCCAAUAUAUCUCCUAUUUAUUCUCCUGGAUUGAGAGCGGCAACUGCAGUGGUAAACUCCAGGUAUUACUUCAGCUCAGACUUCAUUUACAAUAAUGAGAUGCAUUGUUUAUCAUCCAAUAUAUCUCCUAUUUAUUCUCCUGGAUUGAGAGCGGCAACCGCUGUGAAGUGCAUUUGGGUGAUAUAUAUAUACAUGUAUAUAUAUACAUGUAGGCCUAUAUAUAUAUAUAAACUCCUCAAAAAAGUUUGGAAAUCUGACCUUGAUCGAUAAUUUCUCCUCGGAUUUAGUGAAAAUCAAUGUGUAAUUAAUAUCAAUGAAUAGAGCAUUUAAUUUUCUUUAAAAUGAUACCUUACAUGAUAUGAUUAUGGUUCACAUGGAGGUGCAGUGCCUUGAAAUGUGGGGCAAGGUCAAAAUUCAAAAGCUGCAAAAUGACACAAUAUUGAAAGUCACUGUUCUUUUUUCCGUGGUGAUGAGUGAGUUUCUCAGCGGUUUCUUUUGACUUUGAUCGAUAAUUCCUUAUCGGUUUUAGUAAAUAUCAAUGUGUAAUUAAUAUCAAUGAAUAUAUCAUUUAAUUUUCUUUAUGAUACCAUACAUGAUAUGAUUAUGGUUCACAUGGAGGUGCAGUGCCUUGAAAUGUGGGGCAAGGUCAAAUUUCAAAAGUUGCAAAAUGACACAAUAUUGAAAGUCACUGUUCUUUUUUCAGUGGUGAUGAGUGAGUUUCUCAGCGGUUUCUUUUGUUUUCAUGCACCUUAACAUCAACAUUAACAUGGAAUCAAACACACCUCUGCACAAGCAAACACAUAACAAACAAACAAACAUGCAUGGGUAUUUCAAACCACGACUCAAACCAUGUUAUCUCACAGAACCAUCACUACAGAAGCAGAGGCAUGAUUUGAAUGGAUUUUCAUCGCUAUUGACACAGACAAAAGAAUCAUGUUCUGUAUUGACCCUUCAAGACUAUUUCUGCUCGUUUUGCAGCUUUUCAAUUUAGACCUCAUCCAACACUUUUGAAUCUUGCUCUUUUCAUGAUGGCAUGAUCGUAACAAGCAUGGUAUCAUUUUAAAGAGAAUUAAAUGAUCUUUUGAAUGAUGUAAAAUAUGCAUUGUGUAAAAUUGGAAGUUGGGAGAAAUUAAUGGCCAAACACAGAUUUCCAAACUUUUUUUGAGGGGUUUUUAUAUAUAUAUAUGUGUGCAUUUUGGGACUUUCUCGUCUAGUGGAAAGAUAGCGAUGGGAGUCUCCAAUUUGAUGUAAGUGCAUGAGAAUUUGAACUCUUCAGUCAGUGAAGUGGAAAGACAUUUAAUCAAGACUUCGAACAAACUAUGCUUGCUACACCCAAGUGAAGGCAUUCAAUUGAGACUGAUAUGCCUUUGUAGAUAUUAUUCUUCAGUUUGAACAGUUAUGGAGGAGAAAGCGUAACAUCAUAGAUACUUUGUAUGUUGACUCUGGACAUGGCCCUGGGAAGCGGGGGUGCUGGAGCGCCUCCCCCCCCCCCCAAGAUUUACCUGGGGGUGCUGCAUGGGUUAUGCACCAUAGGCAACACCUUGAAAAUCAGGUUUUACAAUCAUCUCCAUUUUGUAGUGUAACCAUUUUUUUUUCUGCUUGUCAAAUUUUCCUGACUUAACUCACCUUCAUUAUGGAGUGCAAACAUUUUUCUUCCAAACCAGCACUCCCUAUUGGAAUAUUGUUCCCACCGCCGUGCCUCUAGAAUCAUCAAAGGGGCAGUUAAAUCCACCUGUUUUUUUUUCAAACCUGGGUUGAGAUAGUGCACACUGGUAGAAAUGCCCUUGUGACUAUGAGUAUCGUCCUAUUAUGAAGUUUUAUGGAGAAGAAAUGUUGCGGGAAGUCAAUGUUUGGAACGUUGUCUCCGGACGCACAAUGGUAAUUGUACACUUUUUCUACUCCUGGAUUGGGAGAGUCAACUUUUGCUAAAAAGACAAACACUCUAUGGAAUGUGUAUAUUUUGCCUAGUCUAUAGUACAUUGUGAAAAAAUAAAAUGCAAAAAAUUACACUGAAA